UUACACUCGCAGUGCGCGAUCGAGCACGUCGCUCGACACAGUGACGGAGUCCGACCUCGAUCAUCUUCCGGUACCCGUGUGACAUCGGUGAAAUGAAUUAUUCGUGGCUCCUCUGUCUCUUGCUCUCGGCAGUCGUUCUAAGCAGGUCCCAAUGCACGGGAAACUAUACCGCAGAGCCGACACAAAUCGAGAGCUCGCUUGAAAAACUCGUCAGGAUGUUCUCUAAGCCGGGAGCGUUCAAACGGACCGAUAGGAUAUUUGGCGAGAACUCGAUCGAAGGAAGUGUAACAUCUUGUCCUGAUGGUGACGAGGGUCUCGACUGCAGAAGAGCCGAAGCCCGAAGAUCCGUCGAUUGUCCUCGCGGCGACUGUUACUGUCAUAACUGCGCAACAGCUGGACCUGAGUAUUGGGCCCUCUGCUGCAAAGAACGAGCCGGAUGCUGUUCUCACUUGGCUGCUGCGUGUAGGACCUGCGAUCAUCCCGUUCUCUACCCGUUUUGUUCCAAGCACUUUAAUAAAUGUCAAGACCAAAUCCAGAAUCAGCAACGAGAGCAAGACCGCUACGGCGAGGAGAAUUCAAACUAAUCCCCUGGACGUCUUUCGAUUUCCACGAAUUGUCCUUGCCGCGUCGUCAACUUUUAUACGAUACCUUGCUUAUAUAACAAAAUGCACAAGCAUCGACUACGUUAAAAUCAACCAAACACACCAAUGGUCUCGGAAAAUGUCUGGACCAUAAUGCUGGUAGCAUUUCGUAUGAUACCUCAAACUUGCGUUUUGUCUAAAAAUGAUCAGCCUUGUCUAACUUGAAAUGCCUCUAUCUGUAUUUGCAGUCUUUCAAGAAAAUCAAGAUCACUAGAAAACAACGAUCGACUUCCUUACCCGCAA